UCAAACCCCUCUCAUCUGCACCUCGAAGCACAGUGCCAAUCCUACUGUUGUGCUCAUCAACAGCAUAAAUUAAAUCCAAAUCCCCCCUCCUCUUCUCACUCACUCCCUCUCUCUCUCUAUCUAUUUUGCUCAGCUGAGAAGAGGAAGAAAGAGAAAAGAGGGAAGUGAGAGAGAGAGAGAGAGCGAGCUCAGAGUAGAAUAUAACCAAACCCUUCUUCUCCCCGUCCCCAAAAGAGAAGAGAGGAAGGGACUCCAAGAAGCACUCGCCCUCUCUCCAGAUGAGGGCACAUCUCCUCCUCCGUUGAUGGCCGCCGCAGCGUCGCCGUCCGCGCCCGGGGUGGCCGCCCCCGAGCCACUGCCACUGGAGGUGCCCCCCUGGCUCAGGUCGCUGCCGCAGGCUCCGGAGUUCCGCCCCACGCCGCAGGAGUUCCAGGACCCCAUCGCUUACAUCCUCAAGAUCGAGAAGGAAGCCGCCGCCUUCGGCAUCUGCAAGAUCGUGCCCCCCCUCCCCCCCGCUGCCAAGAAGACCGCCGUCACCAACCUCAACCGCUCCUUCGCCGCCCGUGAGCUCGGCCAGCGGCCCCCGGCCUUCGCCACUCGCCAGCAGCAGAUCGGCUUCUGCCCUCGCCGCCCCCGCCCCGUCCAGAAGUCCGUAUGGCAGAGCGGCGAGCACUACACCCUCGCGCAGUUCGAGGCCAAGGCCCGCCAAUUCUAGCGCUCCCACCUCCGCCAUGCCGCAGCAGGCGGCAGCGCUCGCAAGGCCGCCGCCUCAGCUGCUCUCUCCCCUAUUGAAAUCGAGACCCUCUUCUGGCGGGCUUCUGCCGACAAGCCCUUCUCGGUCGAGUACGCCAACGACAUGCCCGGUUCGGGUUUUGCUCCGCUCCCCAGCGACGGCCGGCACUGCUGGCGUGACAAGGCGCCGGCUAAUGUCGGGGAAUCGGCGUGGAACAUGCGGGGUGUGUCCCGGGCUAAGGGCUCCCUGCUCCAGUUCAUGAAGGAGGAAAUCCCAGGAGUGACGUCGCCCAUGGUGUAUGUAGCGAUGCUGUUUAGCUGGUUUGCAUGGCAUGUUGAAGACCACGAGCUGCACAGCUUGAAUUACCUGCAUAUGGGCGCUGGGAAGACGUGGUAUGGAGUACCGAGGGAUGGCAGACUUGCCUUCGAGGAGGUGGUCCGCAUACAAGGCUAUGGUGGUGAGGUAAACCCUCUCGUUACUUUUACAAUCUUGGGUGAGAAGACCACUGUUAUGUCUCCUGAAGUUCUUGUCGGGGAGGGAAUACCAUGCUGCAGGUUGGUUCAAAAUGCUGGGGACUUUGUAGUCACUUUUCCUGGGGCUUAUCAUAUGGGGUUCAGUCAUGGGUUUAAUUGUGGGGAGGCAGCAAAUAUCGCUACUCCUGAAUGGUUGAGAUUUGCUAAAGAGGCUGCAGUUCGAAGGGCUUCAAUAAAUUAUCCUCCUAUGGUGUCUCAUUUUCAGUUGCUAUAUGCACUUGCACUAUCAUUACACACAAGGAUGCCCACAGGGGAUGGAAGUGAGCCACGAAGUUCUAGAUUAAAAGAUAAGAUGAAAGGAGAAGGAGAAGUGAUAGUAAAAAAUGCAUUUGUUCAAAAUGUGAUUCAAAAUAAUCACCUACUUAAUAUUCUUCUUGAUAAGGGAACAUCCUGUGUAGUUCUUCCACAAAAUACACCUGAUGGUCCAUUGUGUUCAAAUUCACUGGUCAGAUCUCAGGUAAAGGUAAAGCCAAGAUUAUCAUUUGGCUUAUGUAGUGAACAGGAAGCUCUAGAAGCAUCACGACUUUUACCUUCCAAUGAUGUGGGUCCAGGCUGGAGUGCAGCAGUUAGAAACUUCAAUGGUUUGUCUUCAUUUAGAGGAAAUUCUACAUCCACAGGAAAUGAUAGAAUGAUUUCAUCAGGGAUAUGCGACAAAUUUGUUGGUGCUGAUCAAUACUCUUUCUCAUCUGAUUUACAAAAUGUGGAAGGUGAAAAAGAAGGGUCAAUUCAUGGUGAUGGGUUGCUAGAUCAAGGACUACUGUCAUGUGUGACAUGUGGAAUUUUGAGUUUUGCAUGUGUUGCGGUCAUUCAACCACGAGAGACAGCAGCCAAAUAUCUCACGGCUGCGGAUUGUGGUUUCCUUAAUGAUCAUGCUAUUGGUUCAGCAGACGUUAGCGAGUUAAGUAGAGACACAAAUUGGAAGCCGAGCAGAAACAAUCUGGUUACUGGCAUUGUACAAAUUGAAAGGAAUGUCGAGGAUAGAGUGAAUGAUGACUUGGUUCAUUGUGAUGCAUAUUCAGUUCAAGUUUCGGACUGGAGUAUCAAAAUGAUUUCUGAUGUUACAUGUCCAAGAGCUGCUUCUGCACUUGAUCUUUUAGCUUCUGUUUAUACUGAUUCAUCAGAUUUUGAGGAUGAGGAUGUUCCAUUAGAGAAGUCUACAUGCUCUGAUAAAAAUAAUAUGGGAGACUCAUCAUUAGUGCUUAACACUAAUGAACACUUGGGAAAUGCAGUUGAAACCCAAAUCCUUCAUUCGAGUGAGGUUGCACAUGAGGAAACAAAAUUGCACUUGGCUGGAUCAGAGAGCCAAAACGAUCUGUUUGCCCAAAGUUCUCAAUCAGUUGAUGGUUCAGAUAAUUUAAAUGGGGAUGACAAUGAUGUUGCUGAUAACAAAUGCCAACUAAAAUCAGAAUUCUCUUGCCUGAAUCUGUCAGAAACUGGGAAUUUUAUGGGUAAAUCUUCUUUAGAGGAUAAUGAGGCAAUGGAAACAUCUAAGACUUCCAUAAAGUUUAUGGGGGAAUCUAGAGAUGUUCAUCACAAGGAAUUCGACUGUGGUUCUCAUAAUAUUGAAACUGCUGAUAUUUAUUACAGUAGCCUGAAGAUGGGAAAUCCAACUGUUUUGGCAGAUCUCCCUGUCAAAUGUGAUGAUUCAGCUGUGCCAGCAGAAGCUGUCACAACAUGUCAAGAAUUAAGAAAUGUUGCUACAAAGAAGAGCCCAAAAAUAUCAGUUGUGCAAGGAUUUGACAGAGAUUCUUCUCGAAUGCACGUAUUCUGUCUUGAGCAUGCAGCAGAGGUUGAAAAACAACUUCAGCCAAUAGGUGGUGUGCAUAUGAUGAUUCUAUGUCAUCCAGACUAUCCUAAAAUUGAAUCAGAAGCAAAGUUGUUGGCAAAAGAAUUGGGAAUUGGCAAUAUUUGGAAGAAUGUCAAGUUCAGAGAGGCCAGUAAAGAAGACCAAGAAAGAAUCAGAGUGGCCUUAGAGGAUGAAGAAGUUAUACCCACGAACAGUGAUUGGACAGUGAAAUUGGGAAUCAACCUCUAUUAUACUGCCAACCUCAGCAAAUCUCCCAUCUACAGUAAGCAGAUGCCAUAUAAUCCAGUUAUAUACAAAUCUUUUGGCCAAAAAUCUGCAGGUGACUCCCCAGAAAAGCCAAAGACAAGUGGGAGGCGCACAGGCAGACAGAAGAAAAUUGUUGUUGCUGGCAGGUGGUGUGGAAAGGUUUGGAUGACAAACCAGGUCCACCCAUGUUUAGCCCAUAAAAAGGAAACUCUAGAGCAAGAACAGACAGAAGAAUAUUAUUCAUCUGAUAGUGAUCAGAAUCCUUCGGAUGAGAUAGAGAUUGAUCAUUCCAGCAAAGUUUCCUCGAAAAGUAAUUCAUCAGGUAGUAAUCUGGCAGUGAAAAGUUCUGGGAAGAAAAGGAAAAAACCUUCGAGAAAGGCAAAGACGAAGAAACCCAGAUGCACUAUGGCAGACAGCAAAUCAAAAGCUACUGAUGUAUCUGGAACUUCUGCAUCUCCACCUGGGAGGACUCCAAGAAGCAGUUGUCCUAGAAACAGCGAGAGCACUAAACAGCACAAAUUAAAUUCGAAAGAUGAAGCAGGAGGUCCGAGUUCACGUCUUAGAAAACGUCCAUCCAAGUCUGAGGAACAAAAGAACAAAUUGGCUAACAAGAAGCAGUCUAACAAGAGGAAAGCUAAAAACAACCAAACUGCAAAUCUUGUACCCAAGGAUGAGGAAGAAUAUGCUUGUGAUAUUGAGGGGUGCUCUAUGAGCUUUAGCACAAAGCAAGAUUUGGCAUUACACAAGCGGGACAUUUGCCCCGUGAAGGGGUGUGGCAAGAAGUUCUUCUCACACAAGUACCUGUUGCAGCACAGGAAGGUACACAUGGAUGACCGGCCAUUGGAAUGCCCAUGGAAGGGAUGCAAGAUGACUUUCAAGUGGCCGUGGGCACGAACUGAACACAUAAGGGUGCACACUGGUGAUCGCCCCUAUGUCUGCCAGGAACCAGGAUGUGGUCAGACAUUCCGCUUUGUAUCAGAUUUUAGCCGUCACAAGCGCAAAACAGGCCAUUCUGUUAAAAAGGGCCGAAGAUGAUGAGGCUUGAAGUAGCUAAUUAGAGCAGAGCCUCCUUCGGUGUAGGCAAAUUUGGGGACUGUAAAUUAAUGCUCUUGAUUGAAGUUACCAUUACUGGGUGAUCAGGAGGGUAGGGUAGGAGAGCCUUACUACAUUUCUUUUCUAUCUUCGUUGAAUACUAAUCCUCUUAUCAUUAGUCCAAUCAAUUUGACGCUGAUUUCUAAGUUAUCUAAAUUAGUCAGAUGGAGGCUGAUGUUGAUGUAGGCAGAGGUGGAUGUUCUAAUGGCUAGUGGCCAUCAAAAACAGGCCUAACAAAGCUGCUUGUUUGAUUUUGUCAAUUGCCCCAUUGCAAUACUGACACUCUUAUAUUGGGUUGCAAUGAUUCUUUCCUCAAGAUAGGGACAUUUCUGUCUGGUUUGUCAAGGGUAUGUGUUGAUAGCAUUUCCUCAAGUUCUUUCUCUCUUUCUGGCUUCCAUCAUAGGGACAUUGAUAUCUGUGGCUGUCAUCUACUAUAUGUUAACAACAUGGCAGGGGAUCACCUGUGCUUAAUGAAUAAUGAACGACUACUGCAGGUGAGUUUAUUGCUAAUUUAGCAAAUUUUUGGCACA